GUAGCCGAUUCUUUAUUUGGCUUUUCAUAAUUACUCUGAGAAUCCUACACACGAUACUCCUCAGAUGAGACUGCUGUGUGACGACACUCAACCUCACUGCCAGAUGAAAAUAAGCUUAGUCAUAGGUUUGGCAAACUCUCUUUACAGUUCUACCCCAUUGCUUAUAUGAUUUUUUUUUUUAAAGGGCAGCCCGGUGUACUAAAGCUCCCGCUAUGCGUGGGGUCUAGGGAAGGGCCCGACCACACAAGGGUCUAUUGUAUGCAGCCUUGCCUUGGCAUGCAUUGCAAGAGGUUGUUUCCAAGGCUUGAACCCGUGGCCCCCUGGUCACAUGGGAGUAACUUUACCAGUUAAUUCCAAGCUUCCCUUCGCUUAUUUGAAAAAGUUAAUCACGAAUAAACUAUAUUAACCCGUGAAGGAACUAAUCAUACGUGGCACAGUUUUGAACUUCUCUCUUUGUCUUUGGUGACUAUGGAAUCACAGGGGACGCGGAGUUGUUUGUCGUUUAUUGAGCCAACUUGUGUCAUUAGAGGAAAAAAAGUAGAUUAUGAACACGAAAUGGCAGAAAUUUGAAGAGGAAUGGAUAAACAAAGUAGUUGCUACUCAUUGAUUAGUGAGAAAUGAAUGAUCGUUGCAAGCUGAUUGGAGAUCGUUGAACUUAUGUCUUGUGGAACUUAAUUUGAAUGAUAAGCACUAAACAAGGUUCAAGAAAUGGCAUAAAAAGGCAGUUAAUAAGGAAAGGAUGGUUGUUUGAUCUAUAUUUCAAUUACUGUUACAGAAUGUGAAAUCUUUCCUUAUACACAUUCUGCCAUGCAUACAAGAAAUCUAUGUUUCUGUCGACACAUACCUCUAUUUGAUCUUGCAGAUUCUCAUUUAAGUUCGUAGUUGAGAAUUUUUCUAAGUUUUUCCUUAUUUCACUAAAUCAAAAAAACGCACCUCAUGAUGUACCACACAUCUGGUGCCUUCGUACGAUUGCAUGUAUUAACUAAGAUGAUAGAACGUACUAUACCCUAUAAUCUAAUGGAAGAGAAGUAACAUAAGAUGAAAGAGUGGUGAUGUGUAAUAUGUAGGGUAUUUAGUCAUCAAAUAUAUUUGAUCGUGAUAUCUGUAUUUUAAUCUCCACGCUUUAAUAUGUGAUUUAGAGUAUUUCUGUUGGAUGGUGUUUAUAAUUGUCAACGUUGUUAGUUCCCUUUUUUGCAAUAUGCAUCUAUUAAAUAUUUUGCAGCAUUGUGUUUCUGCCUUUAUGACCAUAUCUUGCAUUAUCUUUUUUCUGUAUCCUCUUGCAGAUACCUAUAUACUUGAGAGUCACUAAAACAAUCAAGUUAAACAUUAAGGAAUCAGAUAGUAUUGGACAUGUCAAAGCGUUGCUACAUGAUAAGGAGGGCAUACCGGUAUGUCUUCAACAGCUGCUUUCAGGAGAUGAUAAGCUAGCGGAUGGAUGGAAGCUAGUUGAUUAUGGCAUUUGCGAGAACUCCACCCUUCAUGCUUAUGUUGAAGAUUCAGUCCCAGUGAUCACACUGUAUGUAAAGAGAUCAUACGCCUAAGAUUAUCAAGUCGAAGAAAUAGAAGUCAUGGCUACUUUAUCUGUUCGCCAUGUUAAAACGGCUAUAGAGAGCAAGGUUGGUCACUCAAUUGGCGAUAAGCCUCUCUUCAUGACAAAACAGAAGCUGGAAGAUGAGAAGCAACUCUAUUACUAUGAUAUCAAAGCAGGCUCCGUCUUACUGGUGGUGGAGGGAACGAUGCAGAUCUAUGUCGUUAGACGUACUGAUCAUGUAUGUGCAAUACUGGACGUUCACAAGAACAAUUCGGUCAAGGAAGUGAAGGAACUGUUUCUAGAUAAGCUUGGAAUACCUGUUCAUCUCCAAAAGCUUACCUUCGAGGGAAAAGGUUUAUUAGUUGAUUCCCGGACUUUAUCUAGGUACAAAAUUUGCAAUGAGUCGAUUCUAGAUCUGGAUGUUCAUAAUUGCUCCGAGAAUCCUACACGUGGUACUCCUCAGACUGGACUGCUGCGUGAUAACACUCAACCUCACCGACAGAUGAAUUCAGUCACAGGUGCGUCAAGUUCUGUUAUGAACCAUACUGAUGACGCGGAGGACAGCAGAGCUAACACAAGAGAUCAGUGUAAUCUUACUCCGCGUACAACAAGUAACCGUGUGUGAAAAACCACCUAACAGAUUUAGUUGAAUAUGUCGUGGAGCUGGGGAACUGCGCGUUAUGGUGCGCGUGGAGUAUGAGAAAUCUGUUAGACGUCGCUAUCUCUGUAUCGUGUUAUUUCUUUACUGUUUCAUUGCAAUUUCCAGUUUUUUGCAACUUUGUUUGGUUAACUAAGAUACUCAGUCAAGCUGCUUUGGUAUUGUGCUUGUAUCAGACACAUA